AUGGAAAUUGAUUAUUUGUUUGCCAUAAAAGUAGUUAGUAUGAUAUUGAUGUUUUUGAUGAUUAUUGUAGUAGGAAAUAUUCCUUUAAGAUCUACAGCUUUCAAGGGAAAUUAAUUAUUAUUAGAAUUGACAGGAGCAUUUUCAGGAGGAUUAUUUUUAUCAGUAGGAAUUAUACAUUUGCUUCCAGAGUCUAUGAAAUAGUUUCAUUUGAAUUAUAAGUCUUAGGAAAUAGAAUCAUUCGAAGAAUUUCCUUAUGCUUGUUUAAUAACAGUCUUAAGUUUUGCUUUGAUUUUGUACAUUGAAAAAAUAGCAUUUAUUCAUGAUCAUACUAUUGAUGAAAAUCAUUCUCAUUAAGUAACAGUAAUAAACCAACAAGAAAUAUUUGGUGAAUUGGAAUGUCCUGAAACAACCAAACAAUAAAUUCCAUAAAUAUCACUUAAAGAAUAGAAUGAAAUGCAAAUCAAUUCAUUGACUCCUUAUAUACUUUAGUUUGCUAUAGGUAAAAGAUUUAUGUAAUCAGGAAUUCAUGCAUUUUUUGAAGGUUUAGCAAUUGGCAUAGAAUAACAAGUACCUCAAUGUUUAGGUAUUUCUUUAGCAGUAAUUUGUCAUAAGUGGGCUGAAGGUUUGACUUUGGGUUUAUCAUUCAAAAAAGCAAGUAUAAUCAAACUUUGAUUGAAAUAGACACUAAAAUUCAGAGUGCUACCAUUAUGAUCUUCAUAUAGGGUAUCAUCAAUCCUCUAGGAAUUCUUAUAGGAUGGCUUUUAUCAAAUUAAGGAUAUAUAAUAACUGGAAUAUUUUAGUCUAUUUCUGCAGGAACAUUUGUUUAUAUAGCUACUAUGGAAGUGAUUUAAGAAUAAUUCAAUAAGAAAUCAAAUUCUUAUUAUAAGAUGAUGAUGUUUCUAUCUGCAAUAGCAUUCAUUAGUUCAAUUUGGAAGAUAGAGAAAUUAAGUUUUUGA